GCGCUAUUGCGUAAUCGGGCACAUCGGGAAACCUGGCUGAACUUCUGAAGUCUUAACACAGUAAAAAUGUUUUUAAAAGCUGCAUAUUUGAUCAUCUUUUACGUCUGUGUUAAAAGAGGAGCAAGUGGAGAAGUGCAAUCAGUUCAUGAUGUAAAACAAACUCUUCAACCCUCAACACAAGAUGAAGAAUUUCUACAGAAUUCUGAGAGAGGGAGACAGACUAUAAAUCAAACCACUCGAGACAUGCCAGAGAGACCUCUUCAACUGGUCAGACCAGAUGUCACCCAUAAAAAGCUUGAGUUGGUUCAAGAUAAUAUUCAGUACCUUCUAAAGAUGGACCAGGCAGUGGCAGUGGUAGCUGUCGUGGGAAAGUAUCAUUCGGGCAAGUCCUUUCUACUCAACCAGCUGAUGGGCAAACAGACGCAGCUGGGGUUCAGAGUGGGACCCUCUCUCAGACCUGAAACCAUGGGCAUAUGGAUGUGGGGAAAGCCAACUCAGAUGACGCUUUCUUCCGGAGAGAAUGUUGCUGUGAUAUUUCUUGACACAGAAGGUUUUGCUGCUAAUAAUGUAUCUGAGACCUACGAUGCCAAGGUAUUUGCAGUGUCUGCUCUGUUGAGUUCCUACUUGAUCUACAACUCGGUCAAAGUCAUUGAUCAAGCUGAUCUUGAUUAUUUGGAGCUUCUUGCAAGGAGAACGCAGUUGUUUGCUUUGAGGUCUCAGCUGUCAAGAGCAAAGUGGGCCAAGGACUUCAAUCACGAUCUACUUAGUUUUCCUCCAUUAUUGUGGGUAGUUCAGGACUUCGUCCAGUCCCUGGAUGCCGAUGACAUCGCUUCAGACCCUAAGACAUGGUUGCAUCAUAUGAUGCAUUCCAUGGCUUGGGAAGGGGACGAUCACCCAAUAAGUCUCUUAGAUGUCUUCCAGAGUGUCGACUGCAGGACUCUCUUCUUUCCUGCCACAAAAAAGGAGAUUCUCCAAGAUUUGUCAAAGGCAACAGAGGAUGACCUAACAGUUGACUAUAGACAGGAGAGAGAUCAGCUGAUUAUGGGUCUUAAAGCUGGGCUUGUGCCAAAAGAGAAAAAUGGCAAACUUCUAGGGGGUCCAGAGAUGGCAUCUUUGCUUAACGUCCUGGUGACAGCUGCCAAUGAGGGCUCACUUUCUCAGAUACCCAGUAGAUGGUCUUCCUUCAUCCAAAGCCUGGAGCAGUCUGCAGUGGAGGAUUGUCUGAAGUUUUAUGAAGCAGACAUGAGCGUGUUGUUUGGUAUCCAUGACAACGGUCCCAUAAACACAGAAGAAUUGAAGGCUUGGCAACAGCAAGCUUUCGGUAAAUCUGUUAAGCUGUUACAUCAGGUUUUAUUUGGCCUGCAUGGUAUCCUAGAUGAUGCAUCUAAGUCUCUUGAAGGCCAGCUUGAGACCAGAGCUGAGCAAGUCCAGGAUCUCAAUGACAAGAAGAUUAGACUAGGAUGCAGUGAGAUACAGCACAGAUGCGAGUUGGAAGUUGAGACUGCCCUCUCUCAACAAGAGCUGCCGAUGAGAAGCCAAGAUUUUACACAGACUUUCCAUUCCAUUAGAAACAAGGCAUCCUUGUCAUUUGAGAAUCAGUUAGCCAGGUUCAAUGCUAGCAGUCAUUUCAGGGAUCAUCUCAGCAAAUUACAUAAUAGUCUCCAGAAGAUGAAGGAUUCUUAUACACUGAAGAACACCAGAGCAUUGGAGAAUGUCUUACUUGUUGCGAGAGAAAAAGCAUUAGGUUUAUACCGUGAGACUACAACAAACGUAGGCCCUGAGCCCCUGACCCCUAAGGAACUAGAUAGACUGAACAAAGUAGGAGAAGAGAAAUCUAUAGAGACCUUCUCCAAUGAAGCCGCAUUGGCGAUAGAUGAACCAGGGUAUAAGCUGCAUACGGCUGCUCUUAAGUUGGAGAUGAAAGACGAAGAGGAGAAAGGAAGAUUGAAGAAUGAAAAUCUCCUGAAAGCCUCAUGUCACAAGAAGAUUCUUGAAGUAAUGGAACACAUAAGGGAGAGCACUGAUAGCAACCACAUGGUUCUACCGUUAAAUGAGACUGACUUGACAGACAGGCUGGCAACUGCUCUCGACAGGGCUAAAGCAACGUACCAAGAUGCUAUGCAUGAUUUUAUCAGCAGCCAAGUGUAUCAUUCAGGGGUGAUGGAGUUAGAUCGUCGUCUUCAGGCUCUCUGUGCACAGAGGAGGCAGGAUAAUGUAGAAGCAUAUUCAAGGGAGGUUGAAGCACCACUAAAGAUUGCCAAACAGGUAGCUCUUCUUUCAGUUGAUAACUAUGAAACAGUCUUCAGUUUAACAAGAUUUAUCCGCAAUGUGUGUUUGCUGAAUCUCAACGAAGGGAAGCCCAAGAAUUGGCCGAGUGACCUCAAGGCUAGCAUCAUCGACCUCUUUAUCCAGUCUGACCCUGACCUUCAAAGGGUCAUAAGGUCGAGGGAAGGCUUCUGGUCAUCCUUGGUAGGCUUCUUCCAGUGGAUUAUGAGCCUCUUUAGAUGAUAAAUCAGGAAGGAAAUUGAAGGGAAAUAAAACUAGAAUGCAAUGCAAAGUGAUGCAUUAUGGCAAAUUACUAGUGGCCUGGGACCUGUUGCAGAAAUAGUUGCGUUUAAACGCAAGUCAAAAUAUCAAGCGCAAGUCCCGAAUACAGGUGCUUCAUUGGCUGAAAAUCAAGUUGUGCAAGAUUUUUUAAGUUGCGUUUGAUCGCAUCUCUUUCUGCAACGGGCCCCUGGUCACAGUUUACCUGAAGAAAUAAAGUCCCCAGUCUUCUGCCCAACUGAAUAAUAGAAAAACCUCACAGAAUUCAGGACGACAUUAAAUUCAUGAAAACACGAUUUUCUGACAAAAUAUGCAAAUUACGUAAAUUACAAUUGAAGUCAUCAGUUGGAAAUCUGCCUAUAACUCAAGUUCACAAUGUUUAGCAUGUGCACAUGGACACUAAAUAUAAUUUUUUCACUAUUUACAAUUGCUUUAUAUAUGGUUUGAACAUGCCAAUGAAGAAUUCAAAAUUUUAUGGUUAUCUUGCCUAAGGACAUCACAUUUGAUGAUUAGAACACCAAAGAACACUGAAUUUGAAUUUUAGAGAACAGAAAACUGGGGACUUUAAUUCACAAGAUUUGAGUACUAGUAUUGCAUAUAAAUGGUUACCCAACAAACGAGCAUUAGAGUGCAGUUGAUGUAUGUGCUAAUUAAUUGACCAUGCAAAAUGUAAUAUGGUGUCAUUUGGAUCAAUCACAAGUUAAUACUGGAGAGUUGCUUAAAAUAAAUCUGAAAUUUUACCAUAUUUGAAUAAGGUGGAUUUGUAAUACAGGAUAUAACAAAAUUUCCAAACUAGAAAAUUAUGUGCCAAAUGGUUCUGGUAGAAAAUAAGUAAUUGCUCAGUAAUUAUGCAAAUAAGCAUGCUAUUCUGUUAGUAGAUGGGUCUUUUUCAAUGCUGCAGUAAUAAUAUAUAUAUAUGCCCAUAUGUUCUUUCACUAUCACUGUUGGAAAAUGCAAGCAUUUCACAAAGCAUGUCACAAUUUUUGCGACCUUAUUGCGACAAUAUUCCUGCUCGUUAAUUUCUGAGAGAUUGUACAACAAUGGUAUGGUAUGGUAUAUGGUACUUGCUCAGUGUUUCUCUCCUAUUCCAAGUGAUUACAUACCUCCAGGCAGUGGCGUACGCUAGGGGGGGGGGUAUCAGGAGUUCAAACCCCCCCCUGAGAUUUGUUAUUCCCACAACCCCCCCUUUAAAUUUUUUUGAAAAUCUUUUUUUUUUUUUUUUUGGUAGGAAACGACCUAAAAAUGAUGGUGAAACCCUUUUUUUCUUUCUUUUUUCUUUUUGGUUGUCAACAUUUCAUUCAGCUUGAAAAAUCCUGCAUACGCUACUGCCUCCUAGUAUCUCACUCAUAAGUUCAUAAGUUGUUGUUAGCUUACAAUUUGAUGGCCCACAGGUGGAAAGUAACGUGGGAAGCAUGAAUUGGAAAAUUCUCAAUUAACUCAGUGUUUAUCUUAGCUUUCAUGAUUUUCAACAUUCAGUUUUGCUAAACCAUACCAAAACUAAUUCAAUCUUCAUGUAAAUAUAUUGUUCCUUAUUGAUUUCAAAGACUUUAUAUUGUUGCUUCCUUCAAUUACUCCAAUUUGGAUUUUUUAGAGGAAAAGAGGAUCAUACCAUAUUUGCAUUGUUUUUUAUUACCUUUGUAUGCGACAACUAACAUAUUUUCAUGUGAGUGAUAUUAUGACUGAUGAUAUUGUGGAAAUGGCAUUUCAUUCAUGUAUUACAUCAUGAGCUGCAUGAAGUUUGAAUGAUUUUCUUGCAACCUCUGGGAAGCAAAUAUCUUUGUCUUUGAUUGCUAUUAUGUUGACAUAAAAAAUGAUUGAAAUAUAUUCUAUGCAAUAAAAGAGGCAUAAAAUGCAUUUAUGUGACAACUCUUUUAGUACUAUUGUGCGAAUAAUGUAUAAUAUUGUGACAAUAGUCCUUCAUGUAUUUCAUUUGAAUUUCAUACAUGUCCAGAACUGCUUUAGUUUUUUAAUUAUAGACAAAAAGUGUUUGUCAUACAUUAAAUUUUCAGGUCUGGGCCAUGUCUAAUUACAAAGAUUUACGGUUGAUCUGAUCAACCUCAAGUAUAGGGGAAUCCAUCAAUGUCAUAUUUUUUCUAUAGGAAAUUUGCACAAUGUCCUUUGAAAACAAAGAGAAGCACACUGAAUGUUCAAGAAAACUAUGAGUGUAUGAAUAUACAUCACAUAUAGAAAGUAUUUUGAUCAACUUGUAUUUUAGAUGUUGAUGUUGCUGGCUUUCCAACGUUGUGGUUGAUUGGAGCAAUCGCAACUCUUUGUAAGAUGGGGCCAUGGUGUUAUUAAACCCUUGGAAAGCAGUAUCUUUGUCUUUGAUAUUAUUCUUAUGUUGAAAACAAAAGGAAUGAAAAAUAUUAUAUGCAAUGAAAAGGGAUUACAUUUAAUUCAAUGAAGUUGUAUAUAAUAACAAAGUCUAUGAAGCAUAUUCAUUUAAGUGUAUAUUUAUAUAUUGUUUACCUUAUUGCCUACAAGAGCUGAAUGGUCCCUGUACAGUUAAUACUUGCCUUGUUUGUAUAUUUGUGCAUUUGACAGGCUGACAAAGUGCCAAAAACAAUUUACAAUUAUUUACAACUCAAGUAUUCAUGUAAUGUGAAUUAACAUGUUUGUGAAAGAGUAUAUAUUUACUUUGUUAUUUUGAAAAUAAAAAAAUAUUAAAGUCUUUCAUGUUUGUGUGAAACCUGUUCAGGUUGAUAUAAUGGGUAGUUCAAAAGAAGCCUACCCCUAAUCAAUUACAAAUUAAGUCAUGUAUGAACAGUUUAUUUUUAUUUUUUUUGUUGGGGGGUGACGAAUUGUUCCUUAAUUUGUUUUUGAAGAAAAGCAAUGGCAACAUAUUUCUACAAGUCUAUAUUGCAAAUAAUAAAAAAAGAUUAAACAAAAAUCUUAAGCUUUGUUAAUCCAAGCAUGCUUAGAUAUUGGUAAGUGCCAAAAACCAAAUUAUUUGGAAUGCAAUACCCUUUUUUUCAUGGUGUAUGAGAUUUUACUGAUCAUAAUGAUUUGGGGGUUUCUUACUAGCAAUGAUUAGUUGUAAACUUUUUUCUGACUGAGAUACUAGAAAUAUGUGUAGUAGACUGUACUGUUUUUCCAUGAUUAAAGAUAAAUGGCAACCCGUA